AUGUCACCCAGCAAAUGGCAGCAAAAUCAAACGAUCUUUCAGCGAUCGAGCGAUAGGCACAUUGCACGCAUCGCGCUCGCUGCGUUCGCUCGUUUGGGAAUUGAAUUGGCAGCACAACGGCGGUUCUGCGUGCACAAUGCAGACACCGUGCUGAAUGUGCAUUCUCACGUGUGCGCUGGCCAAUCGCAGCGCGUGCGCGCGGCGCGGAUGGUACCAGGGCUGUGGAACGCAGCCAGGCCGACGGGGCUGUCGCGCGUCGCGCUCGCGUCCGGGGACCGGCGGGGGAACGCGCCGGGUUCUAGUGCCUGGGAUGUGGCUCUUAUGUGGAGCCGCCCCGCGCAAACGGGACCUCCUAUCUCUGUUUACAACCCAGGGCAGUGA